UGAAAGGUUUCACUCUGCUUCCUGAAGACCUGAGCGCAGCUCCCAUAAAGCCAUGGCUCGUCUUGGAGUCCAGAGGAGCAAGGUCCAACUGCAGCUGGCUUCUAGGACUUGGCCCUUUGUAGUCCUGUUUGCUUUUCUCUUCAUCCCAACUUUAUCCAAAGCCAUACAAGUGAGCCAACCUUCAGUGGUAUUGGCCAGCAGCCAUGGUGUCGCCAGCUUUCCAUGUGAAUAUACAUCAUCACACAAGACUAAUGAGGUCCGGGUGACAGUGCUGCGGCACACAAAUGGCCAGAUGACCGAGGUCUGUGCCACGACAUUCACAGUGAAUAAUACGUUGGGCUUCCUAGACGACCCCUUCUGUAGUGGUACCUUCAACGAAAGCAAAGUGAACCUCACCAUCCAAGGACUGAGAGCUGCUGACACUGGACUGUACUUCUGCAAGGUGGAACUCAUGUACCCACCACCAUACUGUGUGGGCAUGGGCAACGGGACCCAGAUUUACGUCAUUGAUCCAGAACCAUGUCCAGAUUCCGACAUCCUCCUUUGGAUCCUUGCUGCGAUUAGUUCAGGAUUGUUUUUCUACAGUUUCCUGAUCACUGCUGUUUCUUUGAGCAAAAUGCUAAGGAAAAGAAGUCCACUUACAACAGGGGUCUAUGUGAAAAUGCCCCCAACAGAGCCAGAAUGUGAAAAGCAAUUUCAGCCUUAUUUUAUUCCCAUCCACUAGCAGACCAUUUAUGAAGAAGAAAGGCCGUACUUCAGCCUCUAAAACCUGAGGCAGUUUCAACUUUCUUUUGCUGUCCAGCUAUUUUUACUCACUUGUGUAUUUUAAGGAGAGUAUGCCUCUCUUUAAUAUGAAGCUGGAUGCAAAGUUCAAAUUAAGCAUACUACAAUUUAAAGCUAAGGGCCAAGAACAGAGAAUUGGAUAUUUCUGGAAGUAUCACUUGGAAGCAACUUAAGGAUGUAGCAUUAUGAUGUGGGGUCAAGGAAAUGUUAAGGAAAGGCACAGUCCAAAGAAAGGAAGGGGGCAGAGGAUGGGGUUAUAUUGUCCAUACUUUGUAUUUACCUGUGAGGUGUUUAUGACUUAAACAAUUUUUAAAUUUUUCAUGUUGUUAUUUUUUGAUGAAUGUAUAGUUACGUGAAGAUUUAAAAGUUUAUCCACAGAGCUAUGUGAUAGUCAGUGAUUCUAAUGGUUACUUUGUUCCAACAUGUAUUUUAACUGCUAUUGAACAUGGAUGUUUCAUGUGCUGUUAUGUAUUUGCUGGUGGUUUGAAUAUAAACACUAUAUAUUAGUGUCUUCCCACAGUGGGUUCUGGGGAAGUUAUGUCGGGAAGUUCAGGACACUAAUACAUUAGGUAGGACACAAGGUCCUUUGUUAACUGGCUUGGAAAUUGGACAAGGCUAAAGAUCAGUGCUCAGAUGUACUAAACUGGUGUUGACUUCAGCACUGGGUUUUUACACUCAUUGUUUUGUUUUUUUUCUCUUUUUUUUUGAUUUAGUUUUGUUUCUGUUUUUGUUUUCUUCAAUGAUUUGCAAGGGAAACCAAAGCUGGUGGUGUCUGUGUGAACCUGACAGAACACUGUUUUCAAGGACCUGCCUUACUCAGGAGUCCUGUAGGUCUGAUCGUCUAGGAAGCUCCGGUAUUGUGGCCCCUACUCCUCACAGACACAAAGUUAAUAUCACAGAAAGAAGAAAUCAGCAGGAGGUAGAAUUGGGUCCAUGACAGUUUAUGAAAAUUAACACUGUUGGUGUUUUUUAACUCAAUAUUUUCCAUGAAAAUGCAACAACAUGUAU